AUGCCCCCAACUCGGGUAUCGCGUCGUAAGGCUACAGAGGGAGGGCCCGAAUGUGACAAUUGUCACAAAACCUUCAGCCGCCGCGACGACGUUCGGCGGCACAAACUGGCUGUACAUGAUGAAAUAAAGAAUUUCUUCUGUGAGGUUGAGGGAUGCGAGAAGGGCUUCUCGCUGCUUAGUGCGUUGAAGACGCACAGGAAGACCCAUUCCAACGAAAGACCACAUUAUUGCGUUUUGUGUGGCAAAGAUUACAAGAGCGAGCGGACGUGGAAGCGGCACGUAAAAGAAGUGCAUGAGCACGACGGGAGUGAAUUCAUGUGCCCUCUUUGCUCGACCAGAUAUCGCCACCAACGGCAAUUCGUCGAGCACCUUAAGAAGCAUGACACGAUACUAGAGAAGAGCGUGUUGGACCAGUACCGCAUCCCACCGGUAUCGUUGGCCGUGCUGACGGUCGAACCUAGUAGUUCUUCCAGUGGAGCCGAAGAAUUGACUACAAUGGACUGCACCAGCGGCUUCGCCAAUGUAUACGUACUGGCCAACUCCCCGACUGCUGAGGCUGAGGCCCAACAAACUGCACUGGAGGAGCAGUACACUCUUGCGUUUGCCCCAUCCGGCUCUCAUUGUAGUUUUCCCCAUACCGAGGAUAAGAAUGAGGAAUCUUGUUAUCCUGAAUUGACAUCUCCUCGUAGCCAAUACACCUCGGGGUCCAGUAUCGGCGAGCCGACGCUUUAUCCGCAAGGUGACUUGGAUUUCUCGUUGCAGACGGGCUACGGCUUGUCACUUGAUUCGACUCUUUCCGGAUUCGAGGAUGUGCGUCCGUACGAUUCGUUUACCACUUUCAUGCCCCCGUCAGUUUCUGCGGAUGUUGGUUACGAUGUCGUAGAGCCUGAUGGAGACGUAGAGAAUCGGGAUUAUGGCAGUUCCUCGAUUCCCUUACCUUCCAGUGGUGACUAUGUGGGCACCUAUUAUGAGGGCGUGGGUGAGGGGUCGUCCUGUCUCGCACCGCCAACAUCCUACCAUCGUGGUUCCACAUCAGCGUAUAGUGCUUUCAAACAGAGCGUCCAUCCCUAUCAUGACACAGCUUCCCUGUCGCAAUAUCCUGGCAACUUGGUGGGGCACCGUUCCACAUAUCAUGAUUGUAUUCCUGCGGCUCGAACUGUAAGAACGUACGGUAGCGGAUUCACAUCGUUCCCACAGAUGGUUAAUCUUUCUGCAUACGACGACGCGUUAUUUGACGUUUCUUAUCGAAACAGCAUGGACUGUCUUGCAGGUGGUUUCAGCGCUGCUGCGGGCUAUCGGGUCCCUAUUCCUUCUCAAGUGCCUGGUGUUCCUUGGGUGCCUCAGUUACUGUCAUCUCCUGUGGAUACGAACUCGGAGUCGCUGUCGAGCUCUGCGUCAACUUCUCCAAUCCUCCCAGGGUAUUUCGACUUGGGAAACAUGUCACCGAGCGAAACUGCCGGCAUCUGCCACGGUUAUAUGAAUGCUCUCAGCCUUGAGGGUAUUCCAAAGGCUCCAUAG